UUGUACAUGUUAGAGAGAUUUGGCGAAUGAAUACAAACCGACCUUAGCUCAGUUGGUAGAGCGGAGGACUGUAGUCGGGUAAUAUCUCACAGCUAAUCCUUAGGUCGCUGGUUCGAAUCCGGCAGAAUCAAUCAAAUCACUUCCUCAGUGCUAAACACAGUAAAAACAACAACCACCACCCCAGAUUCUCCAUACAUACGCACAAUUAUCCACAAAAACAUUGCAGUUAUCAUCAGUAAUUUCAAAUCCCUAGUUAUAUACUUACAUGGCAAAUCCAUUGAGGUUAUAUUUAACAUGCAUAAGGAACACUCUGGAGGCAGCAAUGUGUUUACAGAACUUCCCUUGUCAAGAAGUUGAAAGGCAUAAUAAGCCUGAGGUUGAACUCAAGACAAGCCCAGAACUUCUCCUAAAUCCUAUUUUGAUAUGUCGAAAUGAGGCUGAAAAAUGCUUAAUAGAAACAUCGAUAAACUCACUGCGUAUAAGCCUUAAGGUAAAGCAAGCAGAUGAGCUGGAAAACAUACUAACUAAAAAGUUUCUUAGAUUUUUGUCAAUGAGGGCAGAAGCAUUUCAAGUGUUAAGGCGAAAACCAAUACAGGGUUAUGAUAUUAGCUUUCUAAUCACAAACUACCACUGUGAAGAGAUGCAGAAACAGAAACUCAUUGAUUUUAUUGUGCAAUUUAUGGAAGAUAUUGAUAAAGAGAUUAGUGAAUUGAAAAUGUCAGUGAACACUAGAGGGAGGCUGGUUGCUACAGAGUUUCUAAAGCAAUUUAUCUAAGCAGAGUUUGUGAUACCAAAUUAGUUUUGCUGCUAGAACAAACAUGUACGUUGGAAUUCCCAUGGCACAGCCUUAACUUGAACCUCACUGGUUAGGUUUUCUUGUGCCUGCUUUCAUCAGUGUUUAUCCUAUCAUAGAUUGAAAUGUAUCUUCCAUCCCAAUUUAUUCAUAUCAUUUUUACAAAACAUGACUUGUAUGUGUAAAAAGGUGAAAUAUAUUGCUUCAACUGCAUUCUAUGAGCUAGAUUGAAGAUUUUCUUGUUCUCAAA